UCAUCUUGUACCGUUCCCGAGGUCAACAUGACCUACUACUAACUAGUAAUACGUUGAUCGCUCGUUGCAACAAUCGACUGGUUUGGCAAAAUGACUGCAUUGAGAUUUGUAAAAUCUGUUUGGGAGUCCUUCCGGGCUACUUCGGGCCUAGAGCCGAGGCUUCUGGAUGGUCUCCGUGUCACUGCUGCCAGACCGGGCGUUGUGAACUUCGAGCUAGAUGUUAAGAAAGAGCAUACGAACCGUCUCAAUAUCCUACAUGGCGGUACAAUCGCCAGUAUGGUUGAUCUUGGCGGUUCCCUCGCUGUAGCUUCGAGAGGUCUCUUUGCUACAGGUGUUUCCACUGACCUCAAUGUUACCUAUCUUAGCUCGGGUGGUAAGAUAGGUGACAAGGUUCUUGCUGAGGCCAGCUGUGAUAAGUUCGGCAAGACCCUCGCCUUCACAUCGAUACAGUUCAGGAACGAGAAGAAUGAGCUCUUCGCUAGAGGCAGCCACACAAAGUACAUCGCCCUGGCUCACAAGGACCCGCAGAACAUUGUGGAGGAACUCAACCCGAAGAAAGAGUCGAAGUAAUUUUUUUCUUUCUAAAGACGUUAUAAAGUAAGAAUAGCGCUAGAAUGAUAUAUAAGUUAGAUUCGGUCUAUUCUUCAUAUCUCCCAGCCAAGCUGCUAUAGAAUUCAGAAAGAAGAUGGUAUUAUGUGUAUUGUACGGUUUGAGCACACGAUGAACUUCCAGGGAAGGGGAUUGUACUGUAUGACGUGCUAGACGAUUUGCUCUGGAACUAACGAC